GGGGUACAAAACCUCACCCUGCUGGAAGUGGGCUGCGACUUGCGAGCUCUGGUCUUGGAUUCUUCCAACAUUGGCCCCUGGAGAAAAUGGCAUGGUUCGCCAGGUCUCUCGCGAACUCUCUCAAGCUCGACGACGACGACGACGGUGGUAAGGAGAUCCACAUCAGUGCCACCGAUGCAGAAUCAGUACCAAUUAAGCAAGAAAAAGAUGAGCAACGCGAUUCUGUCGAUUCAUCACCAUCCUCAUCGUCGGAGAUAUCUUCCUCGCGCGGGGUCAAAGAAGACCUCUCAGAGAUCACCAAAACCCUAACCCGCCAGCUCUGGGGCGUCGCCUCCUUCCUCGCUCCUCCUCCCUCACACUCUCCUCAGAUCUCCGAUUCGGCUGGAAAAGAAUCGCUGGCCGACGAUUCAUCCGAUCCCGAUGUCGCAGACGCUGCCGGAAUUGCUGGUGUACGCAGCGAUUUUGCGGAGAUCGGAGGAAAGUUCAAGACCGGAAUCUCAAAGCUGUCUAGCAAUAUAGCAGUGUCGGAGAUUACUAAGAUUGCCACGAAUUUGCUUCAGUUUGGGUUGGAAGAGCAGGGUUCCGUGGACGAAUACUCAGCUGCUGGUGUCAUCGGUGUUACGGAUGAGGUGGUGUCCUUUGCUAGGAAUAUUGCAAUGCAUCCUGAGACGUGGUUGGAUUUUCCUUUGCUUGAGGACGGAGAUUCAGAUGAUUUUGACAUGUCUGAUGUCCAGCAAGAGCAUGCUUUGGCCGUUGAAAGUCUUGCUCCAAGAUUAGCUGCUCUCAGGAUUGAACUUUGCCCAGGCUAUAUGAGUGAGCGUUGCUUUUGGAAGAUCUAUUUUGUACUUUUGCAUCCUAGACUCAAUAAAAAUGAUGCUGAACUAUUGUCUACACCCCAGAUUGUGGAAGCGAGAGCAAUGUUGCAGCAGGAUUCACAGAAUCGAAUGAAGGCAAAACCAGAACCAGAUUUGCCUGGAAGAGGCACCUCUCAAUCAAUGGAAGCUGCUGAUUCACCUAAGGAAGAGCAUCCUUCUAUUUCACCCAAUGCUGAAUUUGAAUCUGUACCCCUGAAGACAACCGCGCUUGAAUCAGCCACUUCUACAGCAGCAGCUGAUUUUGAGACAGAAAAACACCCAAUCCUAAGUUCCGAAAGUCAAAUUAUUGACAAAUCUGUUGUUCAGGAAGAGCCAGUGAAUCAGACUAUACUGCAAUGUGCACUCUCUGGUUCAUCCUCUAGAGCCUUGGAUGACAAGUAUGAAGAUGAUGGCGAUGAAUGGCUGAAGGAGGAUAACUCGGAAGCAGUUGGCAUCAGUGGAACCACCAUUCCUAUUGGGAAUGAAGAGGAUGUAUCAUUCAGUGAUCUUGAGGAUGAUGACGAUGGGGAUGCACCUACAAGUAACAGGAAAGUCGCAUAUGGCUCAGAUUCUUCAACGAAGGAAUCCCGGGACUGGGUGCAAUUAAGUGGAAGCUCUCCUGAAUCUGCUACUGAUGCAAACUCUUCUACUACUAGACUUGCUGGAGCCGAACGACCAAGUGCUCGCAAUCCUGAGACAAAGGAAUCUAAUGACUGGCUUGACCUUGAAGACAUUGACGUGGUAUGACAACCCGGGGAAUCAUUUUAAAUAAAAUGGUUUGUCUUUUACAUACCAUGCGUCUGCCUUCUCCAUUGUGAAUAGCUUGUCAGAAGAUUUCUCCUCUGCGCUGGGCUGUGCAACUUGUAUCUUUGUAAAUAAAACCCAAUCUAGACUGGGUGUUCAUUUGCUUUAUGAAGAAUGUGGAUGAUGAAAUUUGUUAAGACCCGCAAGUCCCCAAUAAAUUAAUCAUUUAUCUUUUGAA